AUGCUCCGCCUCCUCCUCGCCUCGGAUGUGCACGACGACACCUCAGCCAUCGAGGCGCUGCGAGCCUGGCUCUCCAGCCACGACCUCCUCGGCAAGCUCGACGCCGUGCUCUGCCCUGGGGACCUGACGACCGCCCCGGCCGCCUCGCUCGACGCGCAGGAAGAGGCGCGGUACGAGGCGGCGGCCCAGCGGGUGCUCGACGGUCUCGGCAGCUUGGCGCCGCGGCUCGUCUUCUCUCCCGGGAACCACGACCCGCCGCGCUUCUUCAGCGGCUUCGGCGGCGGCAACAGCUCGGCAUCAACCAGCAACGCGCACGCGCGCUCACUCUCGUUGGCGCCCGGGCUGUGGCUUGCCGGCUGGGGCGGAAGUGCCACCGCCACCGAGGAAGGCGUCCCUGUCUGGCCGGGCUGGCCGCUGAGCGAGGACGAGAACGCUGCGGGGUACGCGCAGCUGCAGCGGGCGCUGCGGGGCGGAGGGUCGGCAGGGGCCUCCUUUGACGGCCCGGGGCCAGGCGACUCGCUGCUGCUGCUGCCCCACUGCGGUCCUGCAGGCGCCGGGACGACGGUCGUCACCGCGGCCGACCCAAACAACCCCUCCUCGCCGGGCAUGCGGCGCGCCCCCAUCCUCUCUGGCUCGCACCACCUCUCGGCGCUGCUGGACUCGCGCCUGCUGCAGAGGCAGUGCGUGGCGGUGGUGCACGGCCACACGCAUGCCGGUGUCGGCCUCUCAAGUCUCGGCCGCGUUCCGGUGAUCAACCCUGGCAGCCUGCGCUUCGGACGCCGGUUCGGCCUCCUCACCCUCCGCCGCGAGCCGGACCAGUGGCAGCUCGAGUCUCUCCACUUCCACGCGCUAGACGGCGUCUCGCCCUCCCACGGCUCCUCCGCCCCGACAGCGGCGAGCCUCGCCCUCUCGCCCCCCGUGGCCGACGCCGCGGCUGCGUGCGGCGAGUGGCGGCCAUGGCUCCUGGCCGGCGGGGCGCUCUGCCUCGCCGCGCCCUUGGCCCUCUCCCGGCUGGCCUCGCUGCUCGCGAGGCUCUCUGCCGGCGCCACGGGCUACUCUGGGGUGCGCGCAGGCAACCACGUGUUUUACGACCCGGGGGGCAGUGAGACAGAGAGACGGUCUGGUGAGCGGCCACUCGUGUAUAGUCCAAGUCGAGCGUAG